UCGAUAUACAUACAUAUAUAUAUAUAUAUAUAUAUAUAUAUAUCACUUGCUUCUGCAGAUCCCGAGUCCUCACCUUUCUCUUUUUCCAAAGUUUUACUCUCUGGUUCAAUUGAAUUUCUUUUCUACAUGUCUCGAAUUAGACUGUGGCGAUGGCGGGAGCAGGUCGCCUCACGCUCUUCCUCCCUGCUGCCUCAAUCCCAACCUGCGCGGUUUGCGCAGGUGUCCCCCAUUUCCACACACCUCAACCACCUCAAGAACCUGGCCUGGCCCCGUCGGAGGGAGACGUUGAUUGGAGUACAGGAGCGUUACAAGUGGGAGCACGGAGGCGGUGGUGGUGGAGGCGGCGGCGACGAUGAUUAUCAUCAUAAUCAGACGCCUACUCGAAAGAUCAGGGCGGAGGCUAACUGCCCUCGCUGCUCUAAACACAUGGAUCUCCUCUUCUCCAACUGUCAUUUCCCUUCCACUCUCUCCCCUCCGGUUGACGUCAAUCAUCUUAAGAGGAACAACGGUAUUGGCAACACAGGCAAGUCAAACGACUAUCAGGCCGUCAAUUUCUGCCCCAAUUGCAAGACCGCCUACUACUUCCGCCCUCACAAUAUUGCGCCUCUGCAAGGCAGCUUUGUCGAGAUAGGCCGGCUAGGUAAUAUCAACAAUAAAUCCAACAACAAGCUCAAGAACACCAAUGGCGGAGAUCAUUCACUCAAUAACAACUCAAUCGCUAGUUCUAAUCACGCUGCUACUCGUAAGAAUAAAUCGUUUUGGGAUACUAUGAGGUUGUACGCAGAGGAAAUGAUUGAUGAAUGGCCACCUGCACCGCCGACUGGGAAUGGCAUCGCGGUGCACACUCCGCCAGGGCCUCCCUUUGCCCCUGGGGUCAACGUGAUUCGGGCCACUGAUGGGUCAUCCAGUGGAGUUGGUAAUGCUGGGUGGGGUGGCUCCAAUUUGGGCAAGGAUUUGCCUACGCCAAAGGAGAUUUGCAAAGCUCUGGACAAAUUCGUGAUUGGCCAAAGACGAGCUAAAAAGGUGCUUUCAGUAGCUGUUUAUAACCAUUAUAAGAGAAUAUACCAGGUCUCCCUGCAGAAUGGGUCAGGAGAAGAAGCAGGGAGCUCAAAAACAGUAAAUAAUGAUGAUAAUGUAGAAUUAGAAAAGAGCAAUGUGCUCUUAAUGGGACCAACUGGCUCAGGGAAGACUUUGCUUGCAAAAACUCUAGCUCGAUUUGUGAACGUGCCUUUUGUCAUUGCUGAUGCAACUUCUUUGACACAGGCUGGUUAUGUUGGGGAGGAUGUAGAAUCAAUAUUGUAUAAACUACUCACGGUAGCUGAGUUCAAUGUACAAGCAGCUCAACAGGGGAUGGUUUACAUUGAUGAAGUUGAUAAGAUAACUAAAAAGGCUGAAAGUUUAAACAUUAGCCGAGAUGUUUCUGGGGAGGGUGUUCAACAGGCAUUAUUGAAAAUGCUUGAAGGAACUAUAGUGAAUGUUCCUGAAAAGGGGGCAAGAAAGCAUCCUCGGGGUGAACAUAUACAGAUCGAUACAAAAGAUAUUCUUUUUAUAUGCGGUGGAGCAUUUGUUGACCUUGAGAAAACCAUUUCUGAAAGACGCCAAGAUUCUUCAAUUGGUUUUGGAGCACCUGUCCGUGCUAACAUGAGAGCUGGUGGAGUAACCAGCGCUGCAGUGACGUCAUCUCUACUUGAAUCAGUUGAGAGUGGUGAUCUUAUUGCAUACGGCCUUAUACCAGAAUUUAUUGGACGCUUUCCAAUACUAGUUAGUUUGUCAGCUCUAACUGAGGACCAGCUUGUUCAGGUACUUACAGAACCAAAAAACGCACUUGGUAAGCAGUACAAGAAGUUGUUUAGUAUGAACAACGUGAAGCUGCAUUUUACAGAGAAAGCACUAAGAAUGAUUGCCAAGAAAGCUACAGUUAAGAAUACCGGUGCCAGAGGUUUAAGAGCUAUACUGGAAAGUAUUCUAACUGAAGCUAUGUACGAGAUUCCAGAUGUUAAGACAGGAAGUGAUAGAGUAGACGCCGUUGUGGUUGAUGAGGCACCAGUGGGCUCAGAGGAUACCCCUGGGUGUGGCGGGAAAAUACUCCGGGGAGAUGGGGCAUUGGAGCGCUUCCUUGCUGAAAACAAGAUGAGUUCAGUGGAAAAUGUUGCAUCAGUGAAGGAAGCGUUGCAGGAGGGUGAAUCGGAAGAUUCAUCAAGGGCAAUGAGCAUGUAACCCAAUAACCACCGUAGUCAGUGUUAUAAUGUGUACAAUUUUCUCCAUUAUUUGUAUAAAUCACUCAUACUUCUGUAUUUAUUCUUCUGUAUAACAGUAUAGCUUUAGAUUUUAAAGUUCAAGAGAUUGAAGGAAAUUGACGGAAAGAAUACCAAAA